AUCAGCAAGACCGCAUCGUCGCCGUUUUUUUGUGGUGGUGCCACCAUCCAACCCCCAGUCGACCCUGGUUACGUAAGCAGUCCUGCCGAACCGAGCCGAGCCGCAAACGCAAAUUUUCGAUUGUCGCCAGGGCCGAUUCGCUCGGGGUGCUUUUGAUCGCUGGAUGCGCAAGGCCAUUUCGACAGGACCGCUCUGCAUCUCUCACUGCCCGUGUCGACCUGGCUCCGGAGGCCCUAUCGCGCAACACUGGAAAAGGCUGCAGCAGAUCCACAAACCCUGCCCUCCCCCCAUCGUCCAUUUCGACUCGCUCUUCACCGGUUGCGCCAUCAAUCGGCUUUGAACCAGCCAAACCCCGGUCUUCGUCUACUCCCCCCCCCUUGAUCCAACUCGAUAAACCAGCACCAUGGGCAACGCUCACACCAAGCCUGCCGAUCCUGUUGUGCUCUACAACGAGCCCGAUAUUCCUAUCACGUUCUCUCCCAACCUGCUGUUCCGACUGGACCAGAUCCAGAACCCAAACGCCGCACCCUCGCCCAAGCCUGCCCACAACCACGAUGUCGAUGACGUCGUCCAUGAGCGAGUGCAGCGAGCGAUCGAGAAGGAGAAGCAGCAACGACUCUUUUUCGAAGAACGAUCCGCGGACCAGGUCCGACGGGAAGCGGAAGACCUUUUGCGUCGCCAGAAACGUGUGCCCGAGCAGCACGUCAAUGCUGAAUACCAGCAGCUGCAAAACGCUGUGAUCGACUGCUACCGAAACAACACUGCGCGGGCGUUGGACUGCUGGAAGGAAGUUGCUGACUUUAAGGGUGCUGCCAAGAAGGCACAGCAUGACUUUGUAUCGACCCAUUAAGAAAAGAAAAGAGAGAGCGAGCGAGACAAAGGCGAGAUUCAAGGCCUAUUCGAUGCGCGGUCAUGGACCGAUGCCGAAGCAGUUCAAACCUCCCACCUUUCGGCUCCCCCCCCCGGCCGAGAAAUGCAACUCUUUCGAUAUGAAGACAAAAACGAGCGAGAAGAUAAGGGCGGGAAGAGGGAGAGCGAGCAACUGCGGGAGCACUGCCGGUCUUGGUUUUGGAGCGCUCCUUUGUGGUAUUUGUCAGGGCACAAAUACAGGCAGCAUAUCAGGCAAGCGCUGUUGUCACCAAGGAGUCGUCACAUCGAACAAGUCUCGGUGGGAGAAUGGCUUGGCUUGGCUCGGCUUGGUAUGGCUUGGUAUGGCUUGGUAUGGCUUGG